AUGGCACAACAGCCGCAACUGGCACCGGGCCAGUCCGGCCUCCCGGUCGACAACCCGACAAAGUCGUACUGGCACAAGGAGCCGUCCGAGAAACUGCUAGGCCACCGCACUACGGAAGAGCUGCCCCGAUUGGCUGAUGUGGUGAUUGUGGGGAGCGGCAUCACGGGUGCCUUUGCGGCGCAUUUCUUGAAGGAGAAGAAGCCCGGGUUGAAUGUUUUCAUACUGGAGGCGAGGGAGGCGUGCUGGGGCGCUACUGGACGGAACGGCGGCCACUGCCAACCAGCCAUGUACGCAGCCGCGCCACACAUCGCCUCCUUCGAGCUGCGCACGUACUCCUACCUGAAAACCCUCGUCGAGAGCUUCUCGAUCCCAUGCGACUGGCACACGACAACCGGCGUGCACGCCUUCUACUCCCCCGAGCUCUUCGCCAUCGCGCGGGAUAUCAUCACGAAACUGACGGACAAGUACCCGGACCUCGCCGCCAACGUCGCCGUCGUGACCAAGCCUGGCGCGGCUGGUAGUGGUAGUGAUUCUAGCGGCAGCCCGGCCUGGCUCUUGGAAGAAGAGCGCCGCGAGUACUCGCUCGAGGGGUUGAGGGUCGGUGGUGCCGAGGGCGCCGUCGUCAUGUGGCAUGCUGCUAGCUUGUGGCCGUACAAGCUCGUUGCGUUUGUGCUGGAGCGGCUGCUUGCUGCGAACGACACCUCGGAAGGAUCGUUCAACCUGCAGACUAACACGCCUGUGACGAGUCUCACCCAGGCCUCCUCGACUUCAACUUCAAGUGGCUUGGGCGAUGAUGAUGCAUUCCGACAGGACACAGACACAGGCGGACCAUGGACGCUGCACACGCCCCGCGGCGCCAUCACCGCCCCGAGAGUCCUCCUCGCCACAAACGGGUACACCUCGCACCUCCUGCCCGCCCUCGCAGACCUGCUCAUACCAACCAAGGGACAAGUCUCCGCUCUGCUGCCCCCAUCUCCAACCCCAACCCCAACCUCAUCUUCAUCCCCUUCCAACCCGCCCUCCUCAACCCCAGCGCCGCCCCUCGACAUCGGCCACACCUACUACCUAAUCGGCUCGCCCAGCAACCCCUGGUCGCGAGACGACUACCUAAUCCAGCGUCCCCCGCCCACCGCCGAGCUAAUCUUCGGCGGCGGUCGCGAGCACGCGCCGGGCCGCGGCGUCGGCGUCUGGGACGACGGCGAAGGCACCGUCGACGAGGCCGUGAGCUGGUACCUACGCGGCGAGCUGGGCAAGGCCGUAGACCUCUCCCCGCCGUCUACCCCAAAAAAGGAAAAGGAGACGGAGACGAAGACGCCCAACCAAGACCUCCAACCGACCCACGAAUGGACCGGCAUAAUGGGCUACACCCGCGACGGCCACCCUCUCGUGGGCCCCGUACCGACGAGCCUGGGCGGGGGCGGCAAGGACGGCGGCAGGGAUGGCGGAUUAUACCUCUGCGCCGGCUACACGGGCCACGGCAUGCCGAACGCGGCGCUCUGCGCCAAGGCCGUCGUCGACAUGAUGUGCGCGGGCGAUGGGGAUGAGGACCCGGACCCCAAGAUCGACCUGCCGCCCGAGUAUGAGCUGACCGAGGCGCGCGUCGUGGCGGCGCGACGGCGGCCGGAGCUGGCCGUCGUGGACGCGAAGGGCAGCCUGUACAGUGACUUUGGCGACGUGGAGAUGACGGGCAUCUGA